UUCACUUUUUAAGGCAAAAUGGGCCAUCGACAAAGGGUAUUUUUCAAAACAUUGACAACAUAAAACCAUUUCUGUGUCUCAAGGAAAGAAUUAUGUUUGGACAUACAUUAAAUUGGGAGAAUGAGUCUCCACUUGUCAUGGCAGCCGCAUCAAAGGAUUGUCUUCGGAUCAUACCUGGAACUCUUUUUACAAUGGAACUCUACGAUAGUUGGCUUGGUGUCCUUGAUGAGGAUGAAGUGGAAAUCGCAGAAAUCAGAAGGCUCUUAGAACACCUGCCCGCAUGCAAUGUGGACAUCCUGAGGCAGUUAUGUCUGUGCUUGCAUGAGAUAUCCAACAAUGCCUCCUUCAACCUGAUGAGUGCACCCAAGCUAGCUUUUUACAUUACAACAAGUGUGUUUUCACUGUGGAAAUGUACAUCACAGAUCGCUUCAAUGGAAAAUGAAAUAGUUAAACAGAUGUCUAUCAUAGAGAUUUUUAUUGAAAACUACCCACAGAUCUUUGAACACCACAAUGAGUCUUUACUUAGUAAGAGAUGCGGAGAUUCCAGCACCAGCAGUGGAAACAGCACUGAACAUGAAAUCGUCAUGUGGAAUCCAGAAAAUGGUACAGGUGAGAGCUCACUGAAUUGGGAACUCAGGGCAAACACUUUGGGUUUUCUGGACAAUUUUAACUGGUUGUGCUGAAAGCCACAA